AGAGUCUUAUGUUCGACUGGUAUAUAGAGGAUCUAUGGAGCAUCACAAAGGCCUCACAGGGAAGAAAAUAAAAUUGGAAAAAAAUAAAGGAAAAAACUCAUCGAAGGGGGCCUUAUUGCAUUGGCGUCAACAUCAAGGGAAAAUAAAUAAUAUGCUGUAUGUUGUUUGAAUCGUAUAUAUAAAACCAGAUAAGAGAGGAGUAUCUCAAUUCUCAAGUUGAAGAAAAAAAGACUAGUCAAGAAGGACUUUGCUGGUGAUGCUGCAAUGGAUCAAUGUAGACUGUGUCAUCAUCAGUGUAAAUUUUUCGAAAGAAUCAAGUUAAAAUAUUAUAGUGCAUUGUUUGAAUGAUACUAUACUAUAGCUAGUGGUUGUAUUGGACUAUGUUGAAUUGUAUAUAGUAGACCACCAUUACUAUUACUUUAGUAUUACUAGUGUGUUGGAAUUGUAUAUACGCAAAGUCAGUACGUAAAGGCCAGGCCAAACGCGCGCGCCUUUCAUCGAAUACAACGCGCGCUUGCCUUUGCCUUGCUUGAUGCUUUUUUUUAUAAUAUUUUUUUUUUCUCUUUUUAUAUAAUGUCUCUUUGUGUAUAUCUCUCUUUUUCUCUUUUAGUCUUUGUGUUGAAUAUUGUGAGUGUUACUGGCUAGAACUCUAGAAGAGAAACAUCAGUUUGUGAGUGAACGCCGCGUGCUCCGUUUCAAUUUUUUAUGUAUAUAUAUUAUUAUAAACUCAAAACAUUUAAUAUAAUUUAUAAUUAAUUCUAAUGAUAAACAACAAAAAUUAUCAAUUAAUAAAUUUAUUGUUGUUUUAUAAAUUUAAAAUUUAUCAUUUAUAGAAAAAGGUCAUAGAAAAAGUAUCAAAUAUUUGUGAAUUUAAAUUUCGAUUGAUAAUAUUUUCGAAAAUAUCAAUAGUGUUAAUAAAAAAUAUACAGUGCUUUUUUUUUUUUUUUUAAAAAAAACAAUAUUUCAGCAUUGUUUUUUACUCCAUGUGUCGUGUGUGUAACUUAGUGAUUGUUUAAAUUUGAUUAUAAUCAAAUUAAAAAAAAAAAAAAAUGUGAAUAAAAGUGGCGGGCAUACGUGACCGGUUAACCAGAGCCUGAAACGGUGCUUUCAUCGCAGACUCAGUCAAACAACACACAGUACACACCAACAAUCAUCAACUUUAUAUCAAAAAAAUAAAAAAUAUAUAUACACAAAGUGAGAAUAGGAGGUCGCUAAAUAAACUGACAGAUUGUAAAACAACGGUUUUAUAUAAGUUAAAUAAAUUAUAAACGAAAAAAAAAACAAGAAACAACAAUGAUGAUGAUUUAAAAAAAAAAAAAAAAGCGGUAAAUAACAAUUUUUUGAAAUAUAAAAAAAAGCAAUACAGUAUAUAUUUUGUCAUUUUCAAAGUUCUUGGUACAUAUUACUUUUCUCUCUAGUACCGUGUCUUUUGUGUGCUAAUGGAAACUUGAAUGAUGACUAGAACAAAAUAAUUUACCAAAAAGAAAAAAAAAAAAAAAGCUAUAUAAAGAUAUAUACAUUGACGUAAAAGAAAAAAAAAAAAAAGAAAUCAGAAUAAAAAUAAUAAAAACGCUCGAGUUGAUGUUGACGUCACGGAUGAUCGAUGCCAAUAUUUAAAAAAAAAAAUAAAAAAUAAUAAUGAAGAAGAAGGUCAUGCUGAUGGAAAGACUAUUGGUCAAUUAUGCGCUUUGUGAAUUUAAUUUUUCAAGUUUAAAUUAACAUUCAAUGUUAUGUAUAUAAUUACAUCAAGAUUAAAACAACGGAUUUAAAUUGUUUUUUUUUUUUUUUUUAAAGAAGAUACUGGGAUGGGAAUAUUAUUGAUGAACAUUCAAAAGACAAAAUAAGAGGCUAUUGUGUCAGUGAAAGAAAAGAAAUAUAAAAAAGAGCAAAAAAAAAGUUAUGUAUGACUUGUGUGUGUUUAUGUGAGAGUAUAUUGGAUUUUCAAAAGGAAAAAUAAGUAAAAGAAGAAGAAGAAGAAGAAGCUGUAGGAUAAUAAAUAUGUGCAUUUGUGUUGGUGGUGUAUAUAUAUGGUGAAAAGGGAGUGAAAAACGAAGGUAAAAAAAUAUAAAAUAUAUAAAGAACGAGAAGAAAAAAAAAAAGAAACCUAGGGGAGAGAAAUUUUUGGUUCUUGUUGGUUGUUAUUUUUAUUUUUUUUAUAUUCUUUUCUGGUAGAUCAAGAUAAAAAGGAUUUGGAUAUACCCAAAAAGUUGGUAAGAAAGCCAAGAAAGGACAAAAAAAAUAAUAAAAAUAAUAUAAAAGGACAAAGAAAAAUUGUCAAGUUGUUCGUGAAUAUAUACGAUAGAUGUUGAAAAUUUUAUAACAAUGGCUGGAACUUUGUCUGAAAAUGCACCAAGACCAGUUAGUGUUGUAACAGUUGAAGGUGGAAUACAAACAAAUUUAUCAACCAUUGAAACAACAAAUGAACAAGAACAACAACAACAAAAUACAUCUAAUAUUAAUAAUGAUUUAUUAUUACAAAAUAGAUUAGAUAAUAAUAUAAAUGAUAUACGUUGUUUUGCAUCAACUGAAGCACAAACUGAUAAUUCAAUAAGAACAAAUGAUUAUGGUAUAUUUCAAAAUACAAAUAAUGAUGAAAUUAGAGAUGCAAGAAGACGUGAAAGAAGAGUUAGAAGACAUCAUAGAAGAGCUAUGAGAAGUUGUUCAAUGCCACCAAGUUAUCCUGGUGGUCCUGGUUGUAUUAGUGGUGUUAAUAAUAUUGUUGGUACAACUGGUAUGCCAAUUGUUUCACAAGUUGGAAGUUAUUUACAUCCACCACCACCACAUCUUGGACUAAGAGGUCUUAGUCUUGGUUUACCUUUUCCAGUACCUGCAAGUGUUUCUGCAUUUGGCAGAGACGCAGUACUACCAAAGCAAUGUUGUGGUUUAGGUUCACCAUUAUGUCGUUGGACUAUUAUUGGUAUUGGCAUUAUGGGCCUAGUUUUUGCAGCAACUGGAGCUAUACUUGGUGCCCUAAGGGUAACUGGUCGUGAUCAUGUUGCUGUAUCACUACUUAUGAUUGGUAGUGGAAUAAUGUUAGUGACACUAAGUGGAUUGGGAUGGCGAUUUAGUAGUCGAGAAAAUUGUGGUAGCUUUUUUAGUUUAACAGCAAGGAUUCCACCAGCAAGGCCAAUGCAUCCAUACGCGGCCAUGAUCUAUCCGGAAUUCCAGUUCAGAACACCACCACCAAGUUACCAGGCAAGUAUGCAAGAGUACAGGCUUCGGUUACUAUUGCUAGAUAGAUUACAACCAACAUCAUCACCACCACCAACUUAUAGAUCAAAUGCAGCAAGUAUUGUUGGACCAUGUACACGUGAAAGUAGACCACCAAGUUAUUGUGGUUUACGUACAAAUGUUACACCAAAUGCCACAAUAUCAACAACAAAAAAAGAUGCAAAUCUUGUUAGAAUUGUACAAACUGAAUCAGAACCAGUUAUACUUAAUGGCGAUCAAACAUUACCUGUUCAAGCAGCUGUUGAAGUUCUUGCACAUUUAUAAAAAAAAAUUAAUUAUCUAAUUAAUUAUAAUUUUAUAAACAAAAAAAAAAUAUUACUAUAUAUAAUGUGAAUUAACGAUGCAGAGAAUUUUUUCAAGCAAAAUAUUGUCUUCAACGAAACAAUGACAAAGAUGACACAAAUUUUCCAGCCAAUGAUUUUAUGCUACCUUAUAUUAUAUAUAUAUAUUUUUUUUAUUAUUUUUAUUAUUUCUAUUAACUUGACUCUCAAGCCAUUUCCGUUUUUUUUUUUUUAUUUUUUAAUUUAACUUCUGAAUGUCGAGUCUGGAACUUCCGCCGUAAAAUAUUUUCUCGUGUUUCAUCGGCCGCAACGACACUCAAUCCUGUGGUCAACAUAUAAAUAAAAAAUUAAAAUGAAAAUUGAACAUUAAUUUGCUCUAGUUGUCAUGUAAAUAUAUUUUUUGUUUGUUAUAUUAUUUAAAUAUUAUAUAAAAGUUUUAAAUUCAAAUACGUAUAUUGUUAUAAUCGAAAAUGUGUUUGUCUUUUUGUCAAUAGCAUUGUCAAAUAAUGAAUAAUUUCGAAACGAUAAAAAAUAAAUAAUAAAUGACAAUGUGUAAUUAUCUAAUUCAAAUCUAUGUUUGAUAGAGUUUACAAACUAUUUGUUGUAUGCAAUUUGGAAUUGAGAACCAGAAAAAAAAUAAAUACAAACGAAUGUUAUCACAAUGAAAUUUUUUUCGAUUUACAGCCAAUAUCGAUUAUAUUUUUCAUUGUAGUAAAAUUGUUGUUUAUAUAUACAUAUAUAUAUAUAUAUUUAAAUAAAAAAAAAUGUCAACGUAAUACUAGUAUAAUGAUAAAAGAAAUUUCGACAAUAUAAAUGUUCAAAAAAAAAAAAAAACAAACAAACUGCCAAAUACCAAUAAUUUUUCGUUUAUUAUUCAACGAGAUUAACAAAGUAAUUAAUAAUACCUGUGUAUAAUAAAACCAUGAAUUUUCGAUGAGAUAAUUAAACAAAUAAAAAAAAAUAAUGUUAAAUUUAUAAUAAUGUUGGUUAAUACGAUCGAGCGUAAUUAAAAAGCGUGAAGUAAAAUUUACGGUACAUAUAAAUGUGUCCAUUUGAUGUUUUUUUUUUUCUUUUUUUAUAAUAAUUCAUUUUAAAAAAAAAAAUCUAUAUUCUAAAUUAUGCCAACUUGCUUGACGAACCACAUAAUACUCCUCUCGUUUUUAAAGCCACACUUUCUUUUGACAUUUUUUAAAAAAAAAUAAAAAUUUAUUCUCACUUUAUUUAUUUUCUCUUUGAAUAUUUUUAUUUUUUUUCAUAUUUUCAUUCAAUAUCUACUUGUCAAUGAUAUUUUUAUAAAUUUAAUUUACUAUUAUUAUUUUGUUUUUUUAUUACUAUUGUUCAUCUUUGAGUAAAUGUUUGAGAAAUAUUUUUUUUUAAGAAUUUCGAUUGCAAAGAAUAAAUUUAACAUUGACGCAAUGUAAAUAUUCAUUUAACUUAUGGAUAUAUGCGCAAUUAAUUGCGUAUCUUUAAUUUAUUCUGUUGACUAUAUGUGCACUUAAACAAUGUGCGUUUAAUUGCAUAAUAUUACUUGGAAAAAAAAAUUGUAAAAUUUAAAAUAAAAAUAGCCAAUGUUGAGAGGCCAUUCACGAGAGACUGAUUGCAAUAUUAGAAAAAGAAAAAAUAAUUGGCGAAAGACCGAAACCGUGUGAAAUAGGUCAACAAUUGAUAGAAAAAAAAAAAAAAUUUCUUUAUUUGUAUAUUUAAUUUUAAUCUUUAUGUUCAUUAAAUGAAACAAAAACAUGUAUAUAGAAAAAUAAAAAAUUUGUGUCGUUUUUUAAAAAUUUUUAUUAUGUACGUCAAGAAAGCUUAACGAGAAAAUGGAUUAUUAUCUUGUUAGAUUGUGCUGAUCGUCUUGAAGCAUUAUUGUUUCUCAGUAUUUUUAAUUAUUUAUACUUUGUGUUUGUGAUUUUUAAAUGAAAAAUUAGAUAAUUUUUAAAAACAAAAAAUUUUUUUCUUCGUUACUUUAAUAAUUAAAAUGUCAUUUUUAAAAAUUUUCUGAUUUAAAUUUACAUGUGCUUGUUAAUUUUUAAUUUUUAAAAUAACAUUAAAAUGCGGGUAUAAUUUAUCAAUGCUUUUUUUAAAGUAUUAUUAUUUAUUAAUAUUAUUAUUUUUUUUUUUAUUUUAUAUAUUGACUGUUAUUGGAAAUCCGAUACCAAACUCGCAAUGAUUCGUGAUAAAAAAAUGAUUUAUAAAUUGUUUAAAUCAUUGACCGAAUAAUUAAUUAAUAAUGAAGAAAUAAAAAAAAAUAUUGUAUAUUGAUAAAUAAUGUUUUAAAUAUUUUACUUUUAAUUGUAUCAAUUUUUUAAAUUUCUUUUUUUUUUUUAUUUUUCCAAAUACAGGAAAAAUUAAGUUUACAAUUUAUUAUAUAGUUGUUAAUUUAAUUUUAAAUGUAAAUAACAAUUUUAAAAAUUACUCUAAAUGAUAUUGUAGAUUUUUUUUUUUUAUUUAUUUAACUAGUUGAAAGAGAUAAAGAGAAUAAUUUUUGAGUAAUUUAUUAACUUGAUAAUUUAUCAUUUGUAAUUUUAUGAUAUGAUGAAACAUUUGUGUAUUGUGAGAUCUUA